GGGUAGCUUCAGGUAAGUAAUGCAUACCUUCCCCUGUGUCUGGCGGCCACCAGAUACAAAGCGGCAAAGUCACCAUCAGGGGUUUUUUGCAAACCAUUAGGUGAAUAACUAAGGAAGAGAUAAUUUGUAGUGACCUAUAGGUUUUUGGUUUGUUGGGGUGUUUUAUUUCCUGCAACAUAGAUUCAGGUUAUACUAUGGGAUGUUCCUUAAACGAAAGGCAUCCACAAAAUACUGUUAUAUUAUCAUUGGUAUGCAUACUCGUGGUUACCACUAACAAUUUAACAACCUUUGCAGUUUAUCCUUUGUUUUGUUAAAGUUGGUUCAGACUAUUGUUUAUCUCUACAUUUUCUUCUCUUCAAAAGAAACAACUCUGAAAAUUAAUACCAUCACUUGAACCUCAUGUCCAGUUCCAUUAAGCUAACUGAAAUAAAGCUCGAGCUUGUCUGAUGAAACUCAUUGUGGGAGAUAUGGUGGACAGUGCUCAGAUGUUAAUGAUUAAAACCACUGAGGAUAAUAGUCAUCCAUAUCUUAAUAGAAGCACACAGCAUAUCUCUGUGUAUUUUCGUUUGCCAUUGUUCUUUAUUAGAAUUAUUUAUUGAUGUUUGAACCUUUUUAUAAUGCACACAUGAUGUUGGAUGUGCAAAUCGCUGCCUGGUUCCUUAAUGGGCUAGUUAAUGUCAGGAUAAGACACAUUUAUGUUUUAAUGGGAUAGUUGGUGCGUAUUUUAUGAUAUCAGGAAGUAGACCAGUGAUGUUUUAAAUGCGUUUUGGAUAUUUUUUAGUUUUUUGUGAAGGUUGCCUUAAAACCAGUAAUUUUCUGUUUUAGUAGAGCCUUUAAAGUCUAUUGCAGCAUUUUACUGUUGUAUGUUAAAUUACCUAUAAUAAAACUAGUCUACAAAGUGUAAAUUAACAGCGGCUUAAGAUUUCCGUUUCUACAGCUUCCUAUUUUUGAGAGAUAUAUAUAUAUAUAUAUAUAUAUAUAUAUAUAUAUAUAUAUAUAUAUAUAUAUAUAUAUAUAUAUAUAUAUAUAUAUAUAUAUAUAUAUCUCCAAUUUGAAAGACAUAUUAAAAGGGAAUUAACCUAAUCACAAAAUUAGCUGCAUAUUGUCAUUCCGUAGACAGUCCUGUUCUGAUGUAUUCUUUCUCUGUGCAACUUUUAAUUUGCUGCAAUGCUCAACCAUCCCAUACAAAGUGGCAGAAUAUCUUGAGAGUUGUCCUAGAGCAGGGCUGGGGAACCUGUGACCUAAAUUGCAGCCUUUUGACUGAAUCCAAAUGUUACAGAACAAAUCAUACCUUCUAGGUCCUUAAUUGCAGCCUUUUGCCUAAAUCCAAAUGUUACAGAACAAAUCCUUUUAAUUAUAUUAAUGCGUCUUUUAUGUUUUGUUUUUAAAAUGAGCAUAUUUAAAAUACCAAAUAUUAAUUAGUUUCAACAAAAUAAUUCUCCCAGAUUGACCAGUACAAUACACCAUAAGGGCUAAAGUGAUGUCCGCUACGCUCAUGAUUUAGUUCUAACUUUCCCCGUCUGACUGUUGCUAUUACUGCACGAGGCUGGUUGGUAACAGUUUAUGGAGGUCGCGUACGCCAGUCUGCUUUGGCUUUUGAGAAUGGUGCACUCUGGGCUGAAGCUACCAUAAGGAGGCACUUUGGGACGCAAUAUCCGGAAUCUAAGUGACUGCAGGAGGAGAACUCUGAGCUCACUGGCAAAGGAACAAUAGCACACUGAGGGGCUGUGAAAGAGGACAAUGACACAGAGUUUAAAGUCAUAUAAAUUCUUUGUUUGAUGCUAAGAGAGAUUAAAUUGGAAUAUGGGAAAAAAGCAGUAGAAUACCCACUCCUUUGGCAAUGUUCCCAAAAAUGAUUUCUUACUUUUUAACUACUUUAUUGCUGCAAAUUUACAUUCUCCUACCUGACCCAAGUCAAGACACCUUUACGGGACACUAUGGGCACCCAGAGCACUUCAUGUCAUGCUCGCUCUGCAUGAGGAGAUCCAGCGUCCAUUAAAUCCCCAUACGAAAAUAUUGAUUUACUGCUUUCCUCUGGGGAGGGUCUAAUGCACUCACCAUGCAUGUGCAUUGGCGCUCCCUCCCUGGUUCAAUCUCAGGCCUGAAUUAGAUGCUAUUCUGCUGUCAAAUUGUCAGACCUCGCAAAUGCACCAUAAAAGUUAAACCGUCAUUCUAUUACUACUACAGCUCUUUUUAAAGUGCUUCUACAUUGUGCUAGCACUUCUACCUCACCCAUUUGCAAUAAAAAUCAGCUUUAGUUACCUUUCAGUCCUUGCCACGCAGCUCCCUAUGCUGCCUCCCUGGCUGAGAUCAUCAAGGUUGAUGAUCUCAGCCAAUCCAGUGCUUCCCCAUAUGGAAAAUUAAGUGGUUGGUUCAUAUGCGUGCGUUAUACAACACACAGAAAUCUCUCAAUAAAUACUAUACAGGAAAUUGGAAUAUUCUCACAUGAUCUAUUCCAGGUCCCGUGACAAAUUACAUGAACCGAGAACCAUAACAAAAUCAAAAUGUGAAAAAAAUCACUAGUAAAAUGUGAAGAUAUGUAAUGGUGCUCCAUAUUAAUCUCUUAUCCCAUGCCAGGUAUAUAUACUAAAAUGUAAUACAAUUACAUGCUAAAGGAGGAAAAAUAUUAAAUCACACAACUUACAAAAAAAGUCUCAUCAACGAAGCAGUGUUGUAACCGCAGCUGGUUCCCCUAUUUAACACUAAAACAUCUUAAAGCAUUGAAUUUAGCAGGGCUAACCGUACAGAUCUCUUAGCUAGAGUUUUAUAUUGUUAGAGUUUCUCUAUUUAAAAUAUAUAAAUAAUAAUACAAUAAAAAAUAGGGAUUGUUUUGGAAGCAAUAGUUUUCUUUGAAAAUAUUUUCUUAAAUAUAAAUAUAGACAUAAAUUAACUUAAUAAUCCAUUAUAAUUUACAGCAGAGUAUACAAGAUUAAAGUAAAUGCUUCCAAUAUCAAUAGAAUAGAAUAACAUAGCCUCUCAGUCAUGAUAAAAUGGAAUAGCGUCUAUGCAUCCAAAAUUUACUUAAUUGUUCCAUUAUUAUUAACACAUAUUUAUACCUUAAAAUUUUCAAUGAGGUCAUGUUAGACCCUACCUUAACUUGGCAAAGAUACUAGUCCAUGGCCGUUAACACGGGAACAUCUUAAUCGGUUUGUUGUUAUGACCUAGACAUCUUAUCUAUGUUUAGACUAAAACUUAAGGUUUAAAUACGUGCAAUGGUGAGGUUCCUAGCACUUGUUAGAGUAUGGCAGCUGAUACUUCCCAAACCAGAGUCUCUUCUCUCUGGCCGUAACUAGGUAUAGGUCAGGAAAUGGUACAGGCAACAGCAAAAAUAGAAAUCCUAAUACACCUCUAGGUAUAAAGAGAUCCCAGAAGCCUCAGUUCCCCAGUCUAGUAGCAAGCUGAUCCGGAUUAAGUUAAGUGUGGGAAACCCAAAUACUGCCAUGAAUAAUAGUCAGGAAAAGAAAAUUACGACAAUUAUGAAUACAUUAUUCUCAUUCCUGGCCAAUCAUGGCAGCAUUUAACUUGUGGGGAAUGCCCAAGCAGUAAAAAUACAGGAAGGGAAUACAUGCCCAGAAAUCUUUAUUUGUUUUGAAAUUUACAAGAAUUUAAGACCGAUAGGCCAAAUUGUGUAUCCGCAUCUGAAGAAACAUCCAAUCGAUAAUAAAAAAUAAUAAAACACAUUCUAUGUUUCUAUGAUAAUGGCGUAUAAAUGUUUUCAGUGAAGACCAAUUCGCUGCUUUGCAGAUGUUCUCUGGUGAAACUCCAUAUUCUGCAGCCCAUGAAGUGGUAAUAGAUCUGGUAGAGUGUGCACGUAUACCCUUUGGAACCAGAACACCUUGAAUCUUAUACGCUCUUGAAAUGGUAGAGACUGCCCAGGAGCGGAGAGUAAACACAGAGGCAUCUGCUCCUUUACCGGAACCCCAAGGAAUAACAAAGAGUUGAGGAGAUUUUCUCCAUGGCUUAGUUCUUUGAAUAUAGGCUAAAGGCAUCUCUUAGAAUCCAGCUUAUGAAACUUUUCUUCCUCAGAAUUAGUUAGGUUCUGACAGUAAACUGGAAGAAUAAUCUCCUGGUUUAUGUGAUAUGGAGAGACCAUUUUAGGGAGAAAUUCUGGUCUGGAACGGAGAAUAACCUUCUCAUAAUAGAAUGUGGCAUAGGUUCUUCCACUGAAAGGCCAUUUAUGUCUGCUAUCCUUCGAGCUAUCCUUGUGGCGUGUCAAGGAUAACAUAGAAAUGUAUUCCAGUCGUUCGUAUGGAUUUUUCAUUAAGGCCUGUAGAACAAAAGGCAAACACCAGGGAAAUGCAAAGGAACGUGUUGGUGGUUUAAUCCUGAUGACUGCUUUUAUGAAGCGCAUUACCAUGGGGUUUUCUGCCCAUUGGAUGCCUGAAAUGUCAGAGAUAGCGGAACAAUGAACAUAUUUAACAAUGUGCAGAUUUUGCAAUUUAGACACCGACUGAACACCACCAACUGCUUCAAAUCUGAGCCCGGAUUUAAAUAAGUAAACAAAAAUUUUAACUAUUGGAUGGCAGCGCCAACAGUAAGUGGACAAAGUUAAAAACACUUGGCAGCGUGAGGGGUAAUUAUGUGGCGGCUUGCUAGUCCAAACAUUAAAUGGUUGGACCCCAAUAUUACUAUAAAAGUUAAAACCUCCCUAUGUGCCUGGGUGGGUGCAUAUUUGCUCAAUAUUUAAAGAGACACCUUAGUCACCAGAACAGCUACAGCUGCUAGACAGCCACUAGAAGAGGACUUAACCCUGCAAGUUAAUUAUUGCAGUUUAUAAAAAAAUGCAAUAAUUACAUGCUCCGGGUUAAGGGUGAUGGGAGUUGGCACCAGACCACUUUAAUGGGCUGAAGUGGUCUGGGUGCUUACAGUGUCCCUUUAAGGCAUAACACUGGACAAAGUUUGGGGUUAUCUGGUAAAAUGGGUAAAAGACCUCUUUUUAGUCAAGGAUUUCGUCCUAUGGGAAAUAUUGAAGGACACACCAUUCGGAACAAAAACAUGUGCUUCCCAGUCCAACGCCCUGACAUCAGUGACGCGUUUACAUGAAAGUAAACAAAAAAGCAUUGGCAGUUUUUCAGAUGUUUAAGCGAAAGCUUGUGAUUUGAAGGCCAAGCUUCCAAAAAAUUGAAAAUCACAUUAACAUCCCAAAAGGAAGAAUACCAAGCUUGUGGAGGUCGAGAAAAACUAAUGCCUUUGAAGAGUCUACACACAAAGGAAUGUCUACCGAUAGGGACAACAUACAAGCCCGUAUGACCAGCUGAGAUCGCUGAUCUGUAGAGAUUUAUGGUACGAAAAACCUUGCCCUCUUCAAAGAGAUGAUUAAGAUAAUGUAAGAUUGCUUUUAGAGAAGCCGAUACGGGAGCCAAGGAUCAUUAGGAGACAGAGUGUUGUUUGCAAAACAUCAUCUAUAGCCCAGGAUCCCUGGAAAUUCCUUCCCGUGGUCCUGUCUUGUAGGAAUUCCUCUGUCUCUAGUGCCUCUGGCUCCGGUCUCCUGCUGAAGAACUGUGGGACUUGGGUAUUCAGAGGGGAUGUGAAGAGAUCUAUGUAGAGAGGUCCCAAAAGUCAAGAAAGAUGUAGAAAAACUGAUGGAUGGAGUUACCAAUCUCCUGCAUCUCGUAGGUAUCAAGAGUUCCAGUCCACUGUAGUCUUUUCCUGUCCUGGAAUAUAUUCUGCUAUCACCACUAUGUUGUGAUGUAGGCAAUAAUGCCAAACCUCUUAAGCCAUGUCUGCUAACAUUUUCGACUUCGUUCCCCCCAGGUGUCCAUCUUGAGGAGGAUUGAGCAGGAAAUGCCGAUGGGAGACAUGCGUAUGGCGAAGGAUGCCGCUGGUAGAUCUAAACAAUUGAUGUGCAGAAAAGCCUCUUUGGUGGAUCAUCUGCCACUGGAAGAAACGUUCCGACAUUGUGCACCCCAUCCGUGUAAGCCGGCAUCCAAUCCUAUGACCAGAUCGGGAGUAGUUCCAAAAAUCGCCCAACCGUUCCACGAUUCCAUGUGCCGUGCCACCAUGUCCCUUCCUCUCUGGACUCCUCAUCUAGUGAAACACAGGUUUUGUACGAGCGACCAGAAUGUAGAUAUGAAGCUUUGCAGAUUUCGAUAAUGUAGAGGACCUGGAAAAAUAGCUUGUAUUGCCGAUGCCAGUAGUCCGAUAAUUCUCGCUAGUUGUCUGAGAGAAAUGUCUGGAAGAUUCAUAAGACGUCUGAUCUAAUUUUAAAUUUUUUUACAAUUUAUUUUUUAUUGAUGUGGUUUUGUUGUUCGGUAGACACAUUUGCUAAAUCUACAUGGAAUCCCAAGAAAUCUAUGCAUUGGGAGAGGAGAAGGACCGAUUUUCUCCCAAUUCACAAAAAAAACAAAUUUUGGAGAAGAUGCGUUGUCCAAGACAGGUGAACACUAAAUUAGGAUUGUGAUUGACACAGGAGAAGGAUGUUGUCUAAAAAUAAAAAAAAUAAAUAAAAAAAUAUAUUAUUAAGCGCAGGCCUCACGUGCGUAGAAAGGAAAUUACCGGCUUCAGAACUUUUGUGAAGCACCAGGGAGCAGAGGAAAGGCCAAAUGGGAGACAUACAAACUGGUCGUACCUCCUUUCUUGGGGACUAGAAAAAAGUUGCUCACAAAACACGCUGUGUCCCAAGGGAUCUGCUGAAUCACAUUUUUUGAUGCCAACUCUAAUUUCUUGCGAAUUUAAGGUUGAUGGUCGGCAGGCAUGAUCAUCUAGCAAGGAGGGAGCACCUGUAGGGAUGAGAAACUAACUCCAACUGAUACCAUUGUAUUGUAUUUGCAGAACCCAUACAUCUGAGUUUAUAAUCGUACAUGCCUGGUAAAACAGUGAUAAUCUGCCCCCCACUCUUACAUGGGGAAAAAAUUGAAUAAGCGAUACUCACCAUAAGGUCGUCUGCCGGAGAAUGACCCCCGUGGUCCAUGGGAGCUCCAGGGACGUUCUCGAGAAGGGAAGAACAAGGUAAAAUUACGCUCCUGUAUAGGUCUUUGCGUAUUAAAGGUGCCUCUGCCGGCUCUGAAUGAACCCUGAAAUCCACUGCUGGACAGACUGCUCCUACCUCUUCCGGUCACUCCAAAAACCUUAGGUGCAAACACUCUUUUCAGAGAAGUUUGUGCUUGGUCAAGUGCUGUAAAUGUUUUAACAUACAGCCCUAAAUCCUUGAUAAAGGAUUCUCUAAAAAAGAAGGCCCUUAGCAACCGGUCCCGGCUCAUUGGUCGCCAUACUGACCAGUUUGGGCUCAAUUUUUAAUAGGAUUGUCUUGUGGCAUUCGGUGGACAUAGCUGUAUUCGCAUUUUCCCACCAUGCAAACCAAACAUUGCAACCAACCCUUUGUCACCUCAAACUCCUAAGGCCAUCGGGUUCAGCAAGCUCAUAAAGCUUAGCAAUAUUGCCUAGGGUAAACCCAUAAUCUGUUUUGGCAGUUUUUAAGUGGGAAAUCAAGGCCUUUCCUUGGUUUCCAUCCCGACUUGUUCAGGAACUGAACCAACUGAGGGUCAACAUCUGGGGUUUUACACACCAGAUCCAGUAAAAUGGGUGGGCAUUCAGCUCUAAGCUUGUUGCGACCCUCCUUAGACAACAGCUUACGCACUCUAAGUGGCAAGAUAUUGAGCAAUGUGCUCAGGAGGCCAACCACUCAACUGAACGAUGGUGGCGCAGACUAUCCCGGUCAAACAAGGGAUUACCCUGUGGGUUCCAGAGACCGCUGCCAUUGUUCGCUUUGAGAGGCUCAAAGCCCUGAGCUCGGUGGAAGAGCGUCAUCAUCGAAAGCCUAAUGCGUGUCAUUCAGGACAGGACAAACCUGUUCAUCUGGAGCGGAAAAGGUAUUUUUCAGUUUACACAGGGCCUUGCGGCCUGGUUGCGCUAGAGUGGUGGCUAACGGGGCCUGAUUACUCUGAGGGCCACAGCUCUGUGCCUGUAUAAAGGCAUGGGUGAUUUGUGUAAUGGAGGAUGACAUGACACCCAUUGCUGAGACUAGUGCCUUAUUAAUGUAUUGACGGUGGAGUCGAGGAGGGAUUGGAAAUUCUCCAAUGCCAUCAGGCUGGUGUCAUCCCCACCAGAUGGGGAAACCCCAGGCAAGGGAAAAGUGGAGCCAGAGGGCCCAUCACCCUGAGACUGCAUAGUGUGUAUGGGUAGAAACACCUAAUCAAAUAACAAAUAAUACUUAUGUGCUACUAUAUACUAGACUAGUAUGAGCAGUCACAGUACUCUGCAAGUGCUACUAGUAAGUAGACCAGUACUAAUGUGUCACCCUAUGCAAAAGCACUAAUUAACAAUAAAUCUAAGGAGAAAAAAACAUAAGACACAAUAAAGGUGGUGACAGGAUAGAAUAAUCCACACACCACAACUUACUCACUGUUGACCAAAAAAAACCACUAUGCUGUCUGGGAGUGUACCGGGGGAGAGGUAGGGAAUGCUCCAGCAAAAGGGAGCACAAUAUUCGUGCUCUUUAGCUGGCACGCGUGAAAUAAAAUGCCUGCUUCGCACGAAACUGCAAAUUUGCGGCAACAUUAACCAAAAAGAUGCCAUCUGUGAUGCAAACUGCGCACAGCAGCGGGCCGACGGGACAACCGACUGCAAAAACACUUGCGCGUUCCAUGACAGAUAAUGGCAGGGGCGCGGAAUCUUGCCGUCCAAAGCCCUCCACCGAGGCCAACACAGAAGAGAGUGGGUCGAGCGGGAGGGCGGACAAGACGCUGCCUGGCCAGAGAGGGGAGUGAGAAACCCCGCAAAACAGGGAGCAAGUAAAUGGCAGGGAAAACAAGUCUCUGAAAUACAAAAAAUGGGUAGAGGCAGUGCUCCCAGAGGCACAGACACAAUAUAAAUAACAAUAUAUUAAAUAAAAGUAAAAAUAGCACAUAAAUUCCAGUCAAAACACUCAAAUGGCAGUUAGAAAAAUGUUAUACUUAGCUGGUCUGAGGAAGCAGCAAAGAAAGAGGUGGAGUCUAGGAGUACCACACCUUUAUGGACUGUACUGGAUCCUAAUUGGUUGCAGUGUUGCUAUGCCGUUACCGUAUAUACUCGCGUAUAAGUCGAGGCCCCUAAUUUUACCCCCAAAAACUGGGAAAACUAUUGACUCGAGUAUAAGACUAGGGUGGAAAAUGCAGCAGCUACUGGUAAAUUUAUAAAUAAAUUUAGAUCCCAAAAUAAUUACAUUAAUUGAAGAUUUAUUUACAGUGUGUGUAUAUAAUGAAUGCAGAGUGUGUUUCUGAGUUUGUGUAGUGUGUGUGUGUGUGUGUAUAUAAUGAAUUAAGUGUGUAUAUGUGUGUGUGUAUAUGAUGCAGAGUGUGUUUGUGUAUGUGAUGCAGAGUGUGUAACCUUGGUGGGCAUUUUUAUUAUUUAUUUUAUUAUUUUAAUAUAUAUAUAUAUAUAUAUAUAUAUAUAAUAUUAAAAUUUUUAUUUUUUUUUCGUCCCCCCCCUCCCUGCUUGAUACAUGGCCAGGGAGGGGGCUAUAUUAUUCCCUGGUGGUCCAGUGGAUGGGCUGUGCAGUAGGGGGGCUGGCAGCGAGCUGUUACUUACCUUUACAGCAGCUCCGUUCAGCUCCCUUCUCCUCCGUGCCGUUCAUCUCCAGUGUUGCCACAGUAGCUCUGACGGCCGCGACUCUCACGAGACUUACACUGGAGCUGAACAGAGCUGCUGUAAAGGUAACAGCUUGCUCACAGCCCCAACAGGACCGGCGGUCCUGCUCUGUAUUAUGGCAAUGUAAGUUGCCAUAAUACAGACACUGACUCGAGUAUAAGACGAGUGGGGCUUUCUCAGCACAAAAAAUGUGCCAUACUAGAGUAUAUACGGUAUGUUUUUACUGAUGAUUUUCUUUUGCUACUGAGGGAAAAUAGAGAGCAUUAUUGGUGCCUCCAUGUCUUUAAUAAAAAUCUAUAUUUAUCAGUUUUCAAUUUUAUUAUCCAGUGGGUGCCCUUUUUUUACCAAAAAAACCCCAUUAACUUAAAAGGACAUUAUAGUCACCAGACCAACUGCCGCCAAAUGUAAUUGUUCUGGCUUCUAUAGCCAAUCCCUUUUCAAUGUAAUUUCGAAAAUCCUAUAUUCCACAGUUUUUACAGGCUUUUAAUUUUCUGAUACUAUGUGGAUGUUACACCUCAGAAUAUCUGAGAUUUAUUCAAAUGUUUUAUGUAAAAACCUGUCAUCUAGUACAAUGAAUCUUUGCUUCAUAUUUUGUUUAUUACUGAGCCCCCUUUCCUUUCAUACAAACAGUUUAAAUAAAAAACAUGUUUUGCUAAAUACCAGCCACUUGCUUCAUUGGAGCACUGAGUCCACAACCUUUCAGCAAAAGAGAAGUGUAAAUCUGGGGCCAUGUAUUAGUUACAUAUGAUUGCAGAGCUAAGAAUGGCAAACAUGACUAUAUCUUUAGUCUAGAAAUGGUGUGGAGGAUGUUAUGCAAGAGACCAUGUUAAUGUUUAACCAUACGUGGGGUUAAGGAAAAAAAAUCUUUAUGGAUUUAUGGUACACACAGCAAUGAAGAUAUUUCAAUGUUUUUUAAUUAACAAAAAAAUAUUAUUUUCAGCUAAUGAAAUUAAAGGGAUUCUAUACAAAUCUGUAUUUCUAACACUAUAGUACCCUCUUGCCUACCCUAGCAGCCUUGCCUACCCUAGCCCCUCAAAAAAAAAAGUUAUUUACUCUUCUGAUUCCAGUGCUGAUUUUCCUCGGCGCUGGGUCAGCGAUUCUUCUCCACCACCAGGGGACCUGUUGCUCAUACGCUGCGAUUGCAUUAGGCCCUCCCCAUAGGAAAGCAUUGCCACAGUGUCCUGGCCAUAUGUAGAAACAACAUUAUAUGGAAUAUCAUUGAGAUUGGUUCAUUAAUAUAAAAAAUAAAAAAAAAUACUCUGAAUUUUGGCCCACCUUGUUUGUGUCUGUCUGACUGUCUAUGAUUUCUCACUGUCCUAUUGGCUGGCAGCUUUACUCACAGCAGGAUCCGUUACUUCUCAUAAAUCAUUGAAUUCAUUGCUUGUUUAUGAGACGUUUGGUGACUGCCAAGCAUGCACUCCAUCUGGGUUAUUUACUAAAGUCAAAAUUCAAGGUUAAUUCUGAGUGAAUUUCAAAUUUAAAGCCAGAAUAGCAAACUUAGGGAGUUUUUCCUGUUAGGCUAUUUUUACCUUGUAGUGGUUAUGGUGCCUGAAGUGUUCUUUUUUGGGGUUGCAUUCCCUGCAUCCUCUCAGCAGCCAGGAGAGCUGGAGUUGCUUAGGAGCUUCCACUAGAUCUCCUUAACUAAGCCCUGCAGUGCUCCUGUAGGUUUUAGUGGCACCUGGCGGAUACCAGGUAGACAACACACUUUUCUGAAAAGUACUUAUAGUACCAUAACUACUACAACAAGCUUGGAGUGUUUGUUUAAGCACCUUGAAUAUAAUAUGAAUACAAUUGUUUUGUUUCGUGACAUCAGUUUGCAUUGUUAGCUGGUAAUUCAUGCCUCGCACCUGAGAAUCUGUUGGUUCAACCACACAGUUUUAUGCCCCAUAGCACUGUCAUUCAUAUAACUUGGGCAGACAGAAGGCCACAUAGUUAUGCUAUAGUUUUCAAACACUCCCAAAUAGCCACCUUCCUGGUUACGUAACUUCCCGAACACUCCUGAAUACCCAAUGCCCAAGUAUCACAAUGUAACGUUUGCGUGUUGGCCACUUACAACUGUAUGUGGGUGACUGAAGGGUGUAUUGUGUGUUAUGAGUAGUUAAAGGGACGCUAUAGACACCCACACCACUUUAGCUCAUUGAACUGUCCCUUAACCCGGAGCAUGUGCUUUUAAAAAUAAACUGUAAUAAUUACCUGCUAGGAUUAACUCCACCUCCAGCGGCUGUCAGACAGCCACUAGAGGGACUUUUACCUAACUGACACUGGAUCAAAACCCUAUAAGAAAGCAUUGAAUAAUACAUUCCUAUGGGGGCCAUUGCCGUGCAUGGACAUUAAUUCUCCCCUGCCUGCUGCCCUGAGCCAGCGCUGAUGGACAUGUUGUUUUCCUGACACUACAGUUUCCCUUUAAGUAUUACAUUUGUGGUGGUCUAUUUGCAAAUGGAAAUUGAACCCAAAUCAUCUUAUGAGUGGUUUGUUAAACCGUACCUCUGGCUGCAGUACAUGCUGCCAUCUGGUGGAAGAAGCCAGCAUUGUUGUCUGAUUUUUUUUUUUUUUUUUGAGAUUCCAGACCCUGAGCUGUUACCUACAGAAAGGAGCUUAGCUCCAAGAAGCAGUGGUUUAGGCGAUACUGAACGCAGUUGCCAUUUACUGUAAUGAUGUGCAAAGUCACAUCCCAUAGUCUUAUAGCAUCAGCUAUAGGAAGUGCAGCCGUGCCAUACCACUAUACACCAGGAGGCCUUCCACAGCUCCAAAAGAUUUUAAUGAGAUGCAUGUCUGGUGAUAGAUUAAAAAUUGGAACUGUGCAUGUGGGGUUAAUACAAAGCAUAUAGAAAUAUUUAAACUGUUCAUGUGGUUAUAGACUCGCCCACUUAUCUGUUGUGUAAUGGGUGGGAGGGUUAUUACAUAACCCCCAAUAUGUAUGGGGGUUGUCAUAGAGCUGUUAGUAAUAUGCAGAUUUUAAUGAUGUGUGUAUUACAGUGCCUAUAGUAAUGUAAAAUGUAUAGGACCCUUAAUUCACUCACAAUGUUUCUUUAGGCAAAUACAUCUUAGGACUUUAGCAUUCGAGCCUUGUUUCAUGGAGUCAGAAAAGUGCCACAGGGCUGCUAUGUAGGUGAUAUGAGAUAAUGGGCCACAGGAGCGUGAGAUAGGGGCUCUGUGAGAUUGGAUGGCUUGGGAAUGAGAGUUGGGAACUGUAUUAAGUAGUACACAGUAACAGUAUGGGAUAAGUAGCCGUUGGCAUUGUUUAGGACCUGUGUUGCGUAGCGUGUAUAAUGAUUAACAUACAGGUAGCAGAUUGGUGAUGUUUAGGAUAGGGCAGGGGUAGUCAGCCUUUAGCACUCUAGAUAUUGUUUACUAAAUCUGUAAGAGCAUUCUGGGAGAUGUAGGCCACAACAUCUGGAGUGCCAUAGUUUGCCAACCUCUGGGAUAGGAGCAGAGCAUAACAAUGUUUCAGGCCCCACAGCGGGCCUUUGUCAAGCCUUUUUGUUUGAUUUGUGGGAAAUGCACAUACCAAUAAGGAGUAUUCUCACUGGGGUGCGUCAGGAGGGAAAGGCAAAACCCCAAAGCCACACUGGAACGUUCAAUAAGAAGCAUCAGGCACGCCAGUGUUUUCCUUAAGAAGGACACUUUAGUUUGGGUUGGUGGGCUUUGGGUACCAUGGAAGCCUAAAGUUUUCGUGGGGGAGAGGGUUUUGGCGGGGAGCACAAAUAAGACUUGCCCCAGGAUGCCUUGUGACCUUGCUACACCUAUGCUUAUCCUUUAGAUAGAAACUAUUGUUUAAAGCAAUUUUAUUUUAUUUUUUUAAUUCUUUAUUUUGGUUGUGCAUAGCUAUACAAUACAUGUUUGCAAUGCCCCAAUAGUAUAUGCAAGUGAGGCAAGGGUUAACAUUUGGGGGAGUCUGUACAUUUUAGAAGUUAAUAAUAAGACUGGUAUGACAUGCAUGAAUAAACAGUUGUGAACUAAUUAAACAUGCGCAGGUUAACGUUCAUCUAACAUGCUUAUUGUUGCAGUAUACUCAAGCUAGGUAUGUUGGUGGGUCGACAGUAGGGAUCGACCGAUAUUGAUUUUUUAGAGCCGAUACCGAUACCGAUAUUCUGUGAACUUUCAGGCCGAUAGCCGAUAUAAUUUGCCGAUAUUCUGUACAUUUACCAUUUUGGAAAAUAAAAACUAUUUCUAAAGGUAAAUGCACAAAAUAUACAUGCCACGUGUAGUGGAUGCAGUGUGACAGGGGAGCUGUGUGUGUUUGUGUAGUGUGUGUAGAGGAUGCAGUGUGUGUUUGUGUAGUGUGUGUUGUGGAUGCAUGUGUGUUUGUGUAGUGUGUGUGGAGGAUGCAAUGUGUGUUUGUGUAGUGGAUGCAGUGUGUAUUAGUGUAGUGUGUAUAUAAUGAAAGCAGAGUGUUUGUGUAGUGUGUGUGGGUAGUGUGCGUAAAGUGAAUGCUGUAUAUACUAAAUGCAAAGUGUGUGUGUGUAUAUAAUGAAUGCAGAGUGUGUGUGUAUUUGUGUAGUGUCUGUAUAGUGAAUGUAGUGUGUGUGUUUGUAUAGUGUGUGUGUAUAUAAUGCAGUGUGUUUGUGUAGUGUGCAUUAUAUAAACACACUACGCAAACACACUGCAUUAUAUACACACACUAUGCAAACGCAGUGUGUGUGUGUUUGUAUAGUGUGUGUGUUUGUAAAGUGUGUUUGUAUACAAUGCACACAAAUACACUGCAUUAUAUACACAUUAUACAAACACACACUGCAUUAUAUACACACACUAUACAAACACACUGUGUAUAUAAUGCAGUGUGUGUGUGUUUGUAUAGUGUGUGUAUAUAAUGCAGUGUAUUUGUGUGCAUUGUAUACAAACACACACACACUAUACAAACACACACACUGCAUUAUAUACACAGUGUGUUUGUAUAGUGUGUGUAUAUAAUGCAGUGUGUUUGUAUAGUGUGUGUAUAUAAUGCAGUGUAUUUGUGUGCAUUGUAUACAAACACACACACUGCAUUAUAUACACAGUGUGUUUGUAUAGUGUGUGUGUAUAUAAUGCAGUGUGUGUUUGUAUAAUGUGUAUAUAAUGCAGUGUAUUUGUGUGCAUUGUAUACAAACACACACACACACACACACACUUUACAAACACACACACUGCAUUAUAUACACAGUGUGUUUGUGUAGUGUAUGUGUAUAUAAUGGAGUGUGUGAGGGGGCAUUUUUUAUUAAAUUAUUAUUAUUUUUAUAAUUUAAUUAUUAUUUAUUUUUGUUGUCCCCCCUCCCUGCUUGUUGCCUGGCCAGGGAGGGGGGAUAUAGCAGUCCCUGGUGGUCCAGUGGUAUUGGCUGAGCUGCGGGGGGGGGCAGAGAGCAAGCGAUUACUCGCCUCCCAGCAGCUCCUCCAGCUCCCCAGUGCAACUCUCGCGGCCAGCGUGUCGCGCGGAGCGUUGCCAUGGUGAUCCAUGGCAACGCUCUGACGGCCGCGGGUCUCGCGAGAGUUACGCUGGAGGAGCUGCUGGGAGGUGAGUAAUCGCUUGCUCUCUGCCCCCCCACCCCCCUCCCAGGACCGCCGGGCUUGUAAUGAGCCUGGCGGUCCUAGGAGGUAUUAUCGGCAAUAUCGGUAUCUGAAUUAGCCGAUACCGAUAUUGCCGAGAAUACCGAAUAUCGGCCGAUUAUAUCGGUAAAACCGAUAAUCGGUCGAUCCCUAGUCGACAGCUUUACGUAUAGAAGGGAACAGGCUAUACUACUUGUCAGUAGGAUUGGGCAAAAUUAGAAGAUUAAACAUUGGUUAAGCUAGGUCUUCCUAUCUUGACAGUGGAGUGUGUUAGUGUAGCUCGUCUCCUAUAUGAGGCCCCCAACAGUAAUGGAAACUCCUGAUGGCAGUCCCAGUGUAUCUUAUAGGCAGGCACGGUAGCCAAGAGUCCAAUAAGUCCCUUUAUGUGGCCCAGCUCAGUCGAUGCCCUCACGUGGCAGGCUGUGUGCAGACUUUCCGGUGAGAUGCUUGAGGGUAUAGGCUUAGCAUGGUUGGCAGUGCAGGAGCUCAGUUGCUGCUAGCUGGUCUUUAGGCGGUGCCGCUCUUUGUGGAAGCUUUUAUGGUGGGUUUCGGCAUCAUCAGGGUUAGUGUUUGCAGCUAGGAGCCAUGUGGCACCCGCCAUCUUGGUUUGACCGCCGCAGGGUGCUCCCGUAGCCGGAGGCUUAACUAAUGGCGUUGGGCUGCCUCCUGGGGGGGUGACCGGGAUCACCACUGCCGGUCCGGGGUGGGGGGGGUAUUAACUGGGCACAGCUUCAUGGUUUUCGGCAGCUAGGUUGCCCUGUAGCAGGGGAUUGGCUGCUUCCACCGCCCAGGAGGUAGAUUAGUUACCUCAAGUCGCCAGCCUCCUUCCCACUUUGUAGGUAAGUCAGGUAGUUUGGGUGUCGAGUUGAUAGCUCAGAUCGAGCAGUAGUGGGCUGUAAAGUGCUGCAUUUGGCUUGGUGGUGGAGGAUCUCCUCCGAGAUGCGUCCUGCCGCCGUGCUGGAUAGGCCCCGCCCCCUGUUUGAAGCAAUUUUAUACAAUUUAUUAGGCACACAAUGCCCAUCACUAGCCUGAUUGGAUUGGACAACUACAAAUUUUUUUUUUCCUUCUGUUUGCCAGCAGCUAGAUUCCUCUGCCAACCCAUAGGUAUCGAGUGCUCUACCUGUCCUACCACUGUUGAAAGUGGGUUGGAGUUAUUUAGAAAAAAAAAAUGGGAAUGGGCAUCCUCGUGUUCUUGUUCCUUUUCUGUCCCCUGGGGUGAGUGGGAGCUAAUAAUAAAAGGGGGGGUGCGGGUAUUUUGAGCAGCCAACCAGGCAACAGCUGGUAUUAAAUCCACUGAAAACUGUAUUAAAAAAAAAAAAUGCUUAUUUUUUAUGUAUUUAUAUUAGAAUUGUUUAAAUAUCUAAGCCUUCUAAAUCUAGGGAUUUACGAAGCCACUGAUUUUAUUUUAUUGAAGGUACAUUCAGUGAAUUCACAAAAUUACAUGGUAUUGUUUGAAAACGUGGUAGUCAUUUUGCAUAUAUUGAGAGGAGUGAUAUAACUGUAUCAUCAGUGAAAUGCAAGCAAGCAGAUGUCACAAAAUGUACUUUUUGUAUGUAAAGUAACACAUAACAGAAUAACAUAGUUACAGAAGGUAGGGUAGAUGGGGAAGGGGAUCUUGUUUAAAGGUUCACCAUAGUGUCAGGAAAACAAAUCGGUUUUCCUGACACUAUAGUACCCUGAGGGUGCCCCCACCCGUGGUGCUGAAGGGGUUAAAACCCCUUUAGUUACUCACUGUAUUCCACCGCCGCGCGAGCAUUCAAAGUGUCCAUAAGAAAUCAUUUUGCAAUGCUUUCCUAUGGACGCUCUGCGUGAUGGAGGCAUAAUAUGCCUCCAGCGUCGUAGAUGCGCCUCUAGUGGCUCUCCGACAGACAGCCCCUAGAGGCUGGCUUAACCCCAAAUGUAAAGAUAGCAGUUUCUCUGAAACUGCUAUGUUUACAGCAAGCAGGGUUAAACCUAGAGGGACCUGGCACCCAGAUCACUUCAUUGAGCUGAAGUGGUUUGGGUGAAUAUAGUGUCCCUUUAAUGGCUGAUGUUAUGCAUAGUACACGGUUUAUUCAUUACGAAGUGUUGUACCCCGGUUUACUAAUAUGUACUAUUGAAUGGUGUGAGUGCAUAUUGUCUGAUAUGCACAAUUUCAGAAGGAUAGACACAGCUGUGGAAUUUGGAGUAUGACAGUGUCAGCCGUCUGACCCUUGGUUUGGAGUUUAGGUAGAGAUCCCAUUGGGUCCAUGCCAUUAUUUCAUAUAUAUUGGUUAUGGAGACUAGUUCAAUGCAUGAAUGGAUAGUUGGGGCAGAUUGAUAGUAGUGAGUGCUGCAUUCCGUCUGGGAAUGUGAGAAGUAAGAAGGUUUCUGGUGUUGCAGGUAUGAGAAUGUUUGUGCAGGCGUGUAUUAGGUCAGCUAUUUCCAUCCAAUAGUGGGUUAGUUGGGGGCAGGACCAUCAUAUGUGAAGCAUGGAGCAAGUACCAACCUGACAUCUCCAACAAAUGUCAGAUAUUUGGGGGUCAUAAUUUUUUAAGCGAGUGGGAACCGUAUACAGCGAUAGUAGUAGGAUUUUUCAGGAUAGUUCUACAUAGUAGUUGCGUAAGGUCAUCCACCUAUGGGCCUGAAACAGUGACUUUUUUUGUGAGUCUGUGAGAGUGAGCUUCAAAUCUUUUUCCUACUUCAGUACGGAGGGGAUUGGUUCCUUGAAUGAUUGGCAGCACACUGGGGAGCAUUAACCUUUUUUUUGUUCCCUUCAUAAUAUUUGUGUAGCUUUGAUUAGCAUGUCUGAAAAUUUUGCAAUGCCGUCCUUUUGUUGUAAGGCCGUAAAGGACCACUAUAGUGCCAGGAAAAAACACUCGUUUUCCUGGCACUAUAGUGCCCUGAGGGUGCCCCCACCCUCAGGGUCCCCCUCCCGCCCGGCUCUGGAAGGGGGGAAAGGGGUAAAAACUUACCUUUUUCCAGCGCUGGGCGGGGAGCUCUCCUCCUCCGAUCCUCCCUCUUCUCCUCCCAUGCGGCUGAAUGCGCACGCGUGGCAAGAGCUGCGCGCGCUUUCAGCCGGUCACAUAGGAAAGCAUUAUCAAUGCUUUCUUAUGGACACUUGCGUGCUCUCACUGUGAUUUUCACAGUGAGAAGCACGUAAGCGCCUCUAGCGGCUGUCAAUGAGACAGCCGCUAGAGGAAUUGGGGGAAGGCUUAACCCAUUCAUAAACAUAGCACUUUCUCUGAAACUGCUGUUUAUAAAAGAAUGGGUUAAGCCUAGCUGGACCUGGCACCCAGACCAGCUGAAGUUCUGGAUGCCUAGAGUGGUCCUUUAAACUCUUGGAGCACACAUCACUUGGCGUAGGGAAGAGAUCUUGUAUUUAUACCAUAUUUUAUAAUUAAAGCUUGGGAUGAGGGCUGAAAGUUCUUCUCUAGACUAAUUUGUGUUUAAGUUUAUACUUGUCCCAGUGACUGAGAGGGAGUGCGGUGAUGCGGGAGUAUGUGUAUAUGUUUUGGUGUCCAUGCAAGGCAAGAUUGUCCUCCUGUAUGGCAAGCUUCAAUAUGAAUCCAGGGGGACUUGAAUUGAGGCUGAGAGUAGUGGGGCUUAAUAUUACGGCUUGGUAAUAGUUUUGUAGAUAGGGGAGUCCCAUGCCUCCCAUUGAGAAUGGUCUGUAUAGAGUAGGUGCUGCGAGCCUAGGACGAUUUCUGCUCCAGAUGUAAGUGUUUGUUUAGCAUGGUUUGGGCUUCUCUGAUUAAUGUUUUAGGUAGCCUGAAGAGUUAUAAAUAUAUACUGGAAUUUUGGAUGCAUCAUAUUUUAUUUUAUUUUAUUUUUUUUUAUAAAUACUUCACAUAGUAUACAUAUACAUCCAACUGUGAAUGAAUUACAUUAUUAUUAUUUUUAUUUUUUUUACCCAUAGAAAGGUCUUUCUCCAGGCAGUCUUGUAUACACACCUCUUGAUGAGGUAUACUGUAGGAGCAACACAUUCCUUUUACGCUCUUUCUAGAAGGGGCGAGUAAUCUCUGCAUAACAGAUGCAGAAACACUUAACUAGGAGAGCACAGACAGCACAAGCUUCAUUGAUCCCAAUGUCUAUUGCUAUUUAUAAACUUCCAAUUGUUUCUUGAAUUUCCACCUCGGAUCCCGACUCAGGUACAUAAAUCUUUGUAUAGUGUGUUGUUUUUCUUUAACAUGCAAAGUGAUUAAUAGUGGUAAUUGUUGCUCCCUCAGGGCACUAUAGUGCCAGGAAAACGAGUUUGUUUUCCUGGCACUAUAGUGGUCCUUUAACUACUGCUUUUUAAAUUUCAUUAAAGGUUUUUAUAGAAUUUCAGUCUGUGGAUUUAGGUGAAGUCUGGUAGCUUACUCUAGAUCGCUGACUCGGUUAAACAGCACAGACAACCAGCUAACCUAAACCAAAUCAGAAUUAACAAUCUUAUACUGCAGGCAGCGAAAUAGACACAUAAACAUAGAGUAUCAGCCCUGUUUAUAAUCCAUACCUUGGAACGUUAUGUCCACCUUGGUGACAGACCUAUAUAAUUGUAGAACGAUAAAAUAUUGUAGUGUCACUUGUUAUCAUAACAUUAUGUUUCAAUACUGAACACAUUUUGAAAACUUUAUAAUGAAUGUAUAUAGAUUUUGAUAGGACCUAGAUUGUACUUUAAAACCAUAAAUCAUGUAUUGAUAUUGUAAUGGCUUAAUAGACUUUCUGCCUGAAACACCUACCGUUCCAUUAAUUUAUUGCCUAUCCCAGGUGGCAGAGUGGCUUUUGGUGCUGUAGUUGGACUCUCAGAACAUAAACCUAUAGUUUUAGGUGUCAAAGAAGGAAAUGGAAGAAAAUUAGCCAUAUUGGCUGAACGAUGCCAGGGAUUUUCUAGGCAAUAAGAAAUAGGUUUUGUAAAUACCGCCGCAGAGUUUUAUCAAGUUUGAAAUAGCCAAGCAAUAUAGUUUUCAUUCACACACUGCCAUGUAUCAUCCAUCACAAUCUGGUCUCCUGUGUUUCUAUAGUUCUAAUUUCUUCAGCUACAUAUUUAAAAGGACGCCAGAUAGAAUAUGUACUUAUUUUUGAAGCACAUGGCAUUUUUGUUAGAAUUUGUUUUGUUCAAGAGAAACUGUCACUUCUCCUCUGUCCUACACCCAGUAGAUUCUGAGGUGUAAAAGACGCACAUCAUCACGCCUGUGGGUGACAUCAUGAUCUGCAUGGAAACAGUGUGUAUACAAGUGCCCUCACGGCACUCCACAAUAUUUUUUAAAAGCCUGACUGGACUCCCUAACUGUCCUGCUUUAACAUUUAUUUUGUCAUAUAGUUUAUUUUAUUUUUAAACAUGACCUUAUUUCUCUCAAAUAACUGUGUAUCUAUAUUCCUUGGGCCCAAUUCCACAAUCCAUCUGAAUCGGUCACUUUAUUUCUACUCCGCUCUCCCCGCCCACCGUGGUUCCUUCUAACUAUAUAGCGUGCUCUUCCAGCUGUUUGGAAUCACAGUCAAUCACCUCCUCAUUCACAUGUUAUCAGUUACUGCAUUUAUACUAUAAAUUUUCUCUGCCAUCACCUCCAAACCCCUUCAGGCUAUCUACACUGACACCCUGAGGCUAAACAGGGAAGGGCACACAGCAGGCUGCUCAGUUAGAUAAAACCGUAUUCAUUACACAGGCAAUUGUGAACAAUUGAAAAGUAGAUUGCAGAUAUUGGGCUAAAUGGGCAAAUUAGAUUACAUGAUCUAAUUUAGCCAUUUCCUGGCUCAGCUACAUUUACAAAUAAUUCCAACCACUAGUCGAAUAUCCAUAAUUCCUAACUUGUUGAAUAAACCCCACUUAAUUAGAAAACUGAUUAAAUCAGUAUUUCAGUCUGAAUUGCUGCAGGACAGAAGUAGAUCAUUUGUCACAGGGUGCAGCAGUGGUUGUACUUGUCCCACUCCUUGUUUUCUGAUUCCUCCCUUUUUAAGGUGUGCUAGAAAUGCAGGAAUGACGACUUUUAACGCCGUGUGUUUGUAAUGGGUCACAUUCUGACUACCACUGAUUGGAAAGAUUGUUUGUAAAAUACUUUUUCGUAGCUGUCACAGCCACACCUUAUUAGCGAAUGUAAAGCAGGGUAUAUCAAUAGAUCUUCAGUAAAGUCUUUAGUCCUGUAAAAUGGAAAGUCUGUGUUACGUUUGAGUAGAGAUAAUAAAAAGUCCCUGGAAAUAAUGAAACCAGUUUAGGCAUUCUCAAACAUGGUAUCUGUUUAUUAUACCUGCUCUUCAUCUGAACCCACACUGUUGUGUGUACAGUGAUAUUCUUGUAUUAAAAAAAUCAGCAACAUUUUUUUGAUAGCUUUGCAUACUGCCCCACUCCCUCCUCUUCAGUGUAACUUAAUGGAAACGUUAGGCACCAUAACCACCACAACUCAUUGUAAUGUUUACAUUGGGUACACCUGAAGCCCUCCCCACUGCAUUGUACUCCAUGGAUUACAACCACUGCUGCUUGGGGUAAUCCUUUAAAGGGACUAUAGGAGCCUGGACCAGUUUGUCUCAUUGAAUGUUCAUUGAGGCUUUUGACAACCUCUUGUGACUGUCUUUCAGACAGCCCCUAGUGGCACUUCCUGAAUUCCAACAAAGUUUAAAGGGACACUGUAGGCACAUAUGUGGCAAACCUAGCCACUUGGACUAACAUGGACAAUAUGGUUUUAAAAGGUUGCCUGUAGCUUUAUUGUGAUUUCGGAUGUGCCCUGGCUGUUACCUGCUUAGUCCUGUAUGUUACAUUGACUUUGUCAGCCAGCUGCCGAAAGCAGAUAGCAUUCCUGUAUUUCGUUUCACGAACAGCGUCUUUGCGGGCUGUUCGUGAACCGAACGAACUAUCCUUUAAUAGCCCACACACAGAGGUAAUUGGAGGCUUUCCUAGGUGGCCGUCGUUUGACUACCGACCACGCGGCGGUCGGCCAUCUUGGAUCCUUUGUCUCUCCAGCGCGUGGUACUGAAAACGGUUACUCGACGGCGCGAACACCGCUGGGCUUCCAGGCCGUUCGGGAGCUCCGGUCUUUUCGCCAUUAGGGUUCCCCAUCGGUGUUCGGUACUUUGGGGUGAAUUCCAUGGCAAAGUGUUUUUCGUGCGGCGUUCGGUUGUUUUAGCUGAGAUCUGAGCGGUAUUCUCACGAACUAUGUGCUCAGACCCCAGCUAUCUACCGAACAUCCAUUUGUGUAAAUCUACCGAAUAUAAUCACAUUUAUGGAUUUUAAGGUGAAUUGUCGGUUCUGCUGCACGGGGGGAUAAUCCACUUAACGGUACAUUCCAGUGGGAGUGUCCCUCUCGUGCAGCAGUGUCUGAUGGGAGAAAUGCUCUGUACAUUAAGUUUCCCAUGUAGUCCACUCCUGUAAUACCCCUGUGAUGUGACUCAGGAAACCCCUUGCAUGGGGAAUUGUAUAAAUACUGGAGCUGUGAAGACCUCAGUUGACUCCCAGAACUGUGUUUCAUCCGGUUACUGGGGGAUUUGGGAUAUUGCCUUACUUUUCAGCGCUUGACUGUGGAUUACCUUCUUUACCAGCGGAGUUCGUGGGAUUUAAUAUUGCCACUCCGCUACAACCCAGACCACUUCAGCUCAUUGAAGUGGUCUGGGUGCCAACUCCCAUCACCUUUAACCCUAGAGUGGCAAUUAUUGCAGUUUUUAUAAACAGCAAUAAUUACCUGCUAUAAUAAUGAGUUAUCUGCUUGGGUUAACUCAUCCUCCAGUGGCUGUUUAAACGACGCUGGGCAUCCUCACGCUAUGCAUGAGGACAUUUAGCGUUGCUGGAAUCCAUAGGAAAGCAUUGAAUAAUGCUUUCCUAUGGGGAGAUCCUAAUGCGCAUUAGGUCUCCCCUGCUGGUGGGGGAGGAGCGUUGGUGGAGCUGAGCCAGCGCCGAGGGACAUCGGCACUGGACCCUGGUAAGUGACUGAAGGGAGGGGGCCUUGACAAAGAAGGAAACUAUAGUGCCAGGAAAUAGUUUUUUUUUUGCCUGGCACUAUAGUUUCCCUUAAAGUCUGCGAAAGGACAUUGGAAAUCCUCAUGCUUUUCAAAAUUCCUAUAGGAAAGCACUUAAUCUUUCCUAUGGGGAAACUUUAAUGUUUAUGUGUAGCCUGCUGAGCAUCAACGUUAAGUUCCCCCAUUGGCGUGACAUUGCAGGACCACGGCGCUGGAAAAAGGUAAGAAGGGUUGCGUACCUAUAGAUAGCGGGACACUAUACAGUGAGAAAUACAGUUUUGCAUCCCGAACUCUAUAGUGUUCCUUUAAUGUGUAACCCAAACCGUAUUACCAUAUUGGAGUACUGGCUAUUCUAAAUGACAUUUGUAUUAUUUAGAAUAUUUGACACUUAAAAUCAUUGCAGUCCUUAUUUCCUUAUACAAGUAAGUGCAGGUGAAACCUAUACGUAAUGGUAGAUGUGUCAAAUUGAAACUGAUUGUUCCACCCAUGUCCAUAGUAGAAGACACUUUAAACUUGCAAUUUCAGGGAUGCACAUCUAUCAGCGUAGAGUAAUUCAGUGCCCAAUCGAAGUGCAUAUAAUGUCAUAUGUAGAAAGCUAUUUUCAACCUGGAAAUAUAUUUUGGAUACUUCUUAAAAUAAAUGCUUUCUUUGCUUACUCCAGGGGGCGAAAUUCCCCCUCCCCCCAAAAAAAGAAAAAGUGUCUCCUUGAUUGCUCGAGGUGCUGAGCAAUUAAACACUUUAAGAUUUCUCUGAUUAUAGCCUCCUGGGAUAUGCUUAGUCUUCUUUACAAAUGCUCAAUGUCCUAAAAUUAUAGGCCUGUCUAUUGUCUUUUUGUCAUCUGGUAAUAUCAUCAAAUGGGUAGAGACCUCUUUAACAUUUUUGUUUUCAGAUAUGUGUCUGUAGGCUCAGGGCUCAAAAUGUCAUAUAGCAGCCAGUUAUCCGUCACCAGAAGCAUAUGCAAAAACCUUAAAUAAAAUUUUAUAUCAUUAAUAAAGGGCCCAUUUUUUUCUUUGGAUUCUCCUACAGGUGUUUAUUGGCGAGUUGCCUCAGGACUUCUUGCGCAUCACUCCCACUCAGCAACAACAGCAGAUUAAUUUGGAUGCACAGGCGGCUCAACAGCUACAGUACUCGGGAGCAAUGGGUACAGUUGGACGACUCGGCAUCACAGUGGUUCAGGUUUGUCAUUAUUAUUGAGAUGGAAUGGACGUUUGUUAUGCCCUUCCCUUAAAGGAUUAAUCCAUUAUAUUUCAUUUUAUUAUUUUACAGUUAAGUGCCUAGUUUUUUAGAAUUACUUUACAGCAAAAUACUGUCACAGUGCACAAGAAUAAACUAUUGAAUGUUAAAUGUUUAAAACUGCAUCUAUAGAUUUUGUCCCUUACAAGAAGCUUUUCACAUUCAGCUUGUUAAAAGAAAAAGAAAAGUCCGGUUAUAAUACACAAUGUAUCAUUGAGAGAUUGACAGCGUAAUAUAAGCUGAUAAAGAGACUCAAUCCCAGUAAAGGGAAACUAUAGUCAACAGAACCCACUACAGUUUAAAGGACCACUAUAGAUACCCAAACCACUUCAGCUCAAUGAAGUGGCCUGGGUGCCAGGUCCAUCUAGGAUUAUGUUUACAAUAGGGUUAAUACAGCCUCUAGCGGCUGUCUUAUUGACAGCCGCUAGAGGCGCUUCCGCGAUUCUCACUGUGAAAAUCAGUGAGAAGACGCUGAUGUCCAUAGGAAAACAUUGAGUAAUGCUUUCCUAUGGGCGGUUUGAAUGCGCGCGCGGCUCUUGCCUGUGCUAGAAACCAGGAAGUGCCCUCUAGUGGCUGUCUUGUAGACAGCCACUAGAGGUGGAGUUAACCCUGCAAGUUAAUUAUUGCAGUUUAUUAAAAAAAACUGCAAUAAUUACACUUGCAGGGUUAAGAGUAGUGGGAGUUGGCACCCAGACCACUCCAAUGGGCAGACGUGGUCUGGGUGCCUGGAGUGUCCCCUUAACCUGAUAAAUGGAAAAUGGUAUUGGAUACAUGAAAAUAACUUGCUGUAUACUGGAUGGUUGAGUUAGUCCCAUGAAGGAACAUUCCAUGUAAAAAAAAAGUUCUUUUAACGGUCAUAUGACAAUCUUGGUGUUAAUGGAGGGCUCUUUCUCAUCUUUUGCUUGUUAAAGGAGACACUCUAAAGACCACAAACACUACAUCCUGCUGUUGUGAUUAUGGUACAGGCAUGCUACUGAUGCCAUGUCUCGGUUCCGUGUCCGCUUUUGAGCAGUUUGACACAGUACCCAGUGAAUCUGGUGCUCAGCCUUGCUCUUGGCUUAUUGUUAUCUGCAUUAGCAAUGUCCAUUUUAGCCAAAUUUGGACUGCACGAGAGAGAGGGUUGGUAUGAGGACAUUUGGAGAGGUUUCCUGUCUCAAUAGAUGGUUCUGUGUAUUAAAGAGGAACUGUCACUUACCAUUGAAUAAAACAUUGAAAAUGACAUCUAACAGUGUUAAACUUUUUUCCAUUAGAUGCUUUCUUUUAAUUUUUUGAUUUUUUUUUUUUUUUUUAGCAAAUUACAUCAUGGCCCUUUCUGACAAGGCAGAGCUAAUAUUGCAGAUGAGGAUAAAUGGAACCGUUGUUUAAUUUCUCUGUAUGUUUCCGCUAUACUGACUGAAAGAACAAAGUUUGUAACAAUGAUUGACAGGGAGUGAAGAUGGAGGAUUAAGGGGAUUUCUACAUUUAGUUAAUUUUUCACACCGCACAAAUACAUUUUUGGUAAAUGUAGGGUUAAGUAAAUAGAAUCUACAAAUUAUGGGAAGUUUCAGAUAUCAGGUUUGAGUUGGGAUGACUGCUGACACAGUACAGCAGGAUUUGUGUAGGAAAUUUGCUUGGCCAGAUAUCUGCACCAUUAUUUUAUCUAAAAUAGUUUUAGGUUUUAGAGCUGGUUUAUUGAUGCUUAUUUUGUAUAAUGUUAUUCAAUUAAUUCGUUCUUUCUAAAUAUUUUUUCAGGCCAAGCUUGCAAAAAAUUAUGGCAUGACUCGGAUGGAUCCUUAUUGCAGGAUACGUUUGGGAUAUGCAGUGUAUGAAACACCCACCGCACAUAAUGGAGCGAAAAACCCGCGGUGGAAUAAAGUGAUCCAGUGUACCAUUCCUCCUGGGGUGGACUCUUUCUACCUGGAGAUCUUUGAUGAGGUUAGCCGUGAGACAUUUUCCUCUUGGUCAAAUUCAGGCCUUAAGCUCAUUUGUUAGAUGAAUAGUGCUAAUUCAUAGGAAGGAAUGGCACCUACAAAAUCUGUCCUUUUCUACUUCUUCUGUUUUUUUUCUUUUUAAAUAGUAAUUCUUCAGAAUGUUACUUAGAAUGUAAAAAUAUAAAGUUUUAAAGCCAAGUAUGUGAAGGUUACAUGGUGAUAUUUUGAACCUAUAAUUAGAGUCCCUGUUUUUGGGCGUUGUAAAUUGACCUGGAGGAUGUUUACCCUCUGAUCACCAUGGAGUGAUCAUGCUUUAGAAGAGCACAUGCUGAGAAAGCCCAGUCUAUCCACUAAAAAAGGUUUCUCUGUGCAGUUUAGGACAUUGAUAAAAACUAAAAGGUGGGAAAUUACUCAAAGUUUACCAGAUCUCCAGUAUGCGCAGGAUUUACUCAAACAGCAGAAGUAUUUUCAAAUAUAAAUUGCAAUAAAAAUAUAAAACCAAGAAAAAGUCCAACCAACCAAUCUGAGGACGUAUACAUAAAACAAAUGCCUUUCAAUUAUAACCAAAAUAUGGGGCAUUCUACAAUUGUGUGACAAAAAAACUGCAGAUUUACACUGUUUGGUGAAUUAUGGUUAUUAUAACAUUGAGAAUAAAUUCAUUUUCAGUGAGAUUACAUCUUGUUUGCUCUUGAUGAUUACAUGUCCUCCCAUUGCUGCUCGCCUUUAUCAAUGGAGAGGAUGAGAUUGAAGCUCUGUCAAGGCUGUGUCUGCGUAGUGCGUUUGCAGUUAUGGUUUAUCCUCUUUAUUUGCUUUUCCAAGUGCUGUAUAAAGGCAGCAAUUCUGGAGGUGUAAUAUUCUAUCACUUCCACCCAGUGCUGUCAGUCACAAUGUUGUGAAUGUGAGCAGAAAGAAGGAGAAUAGAGCGAAUAAUUGAUCUGCCAUGUCUGUGUUUGGAGAUAUUUUUAUUUUACUCAGAUCAAUAGGCAGACACAUUUUGGAUUCACCAUGGUGACCUUGUGACUUGGCUUUAUCAAUCUGAGACACAUUUCUGCAUCCUUACUGUAGCAUUUUAUAGCAUUAACCACCAUUGUAUAUUAAACAUUCCAAUCUUUUUCUGCUUUUUUUGCACACAGAGAGCUUUCUCCAUGGAUGACCGCAUCGCUUGGACGCACAUCACUAUACCUGAGACGCUGAAGGAGGGAAAGGUGGUCGAUGAAUGGUUUAGUCUGAGUGGGAGGCAGGGGGAUGACAAGGAGGGCAUGAUUAACCUUGUGUUGUCCUUCUCGGUGAGAAUGCUGGAAAAAUAUAAAUGUAUAGUUCUAAAUGUGCUACAUAAUCCUUUUUUGUUUUUUGGGGGUUUUUUGUUUUUCUUUUUUUGUUGUCUUUUUUGCUCUUGUUCAAAUGCAUCCUUAAACUGAACUUGUCAUGCACAAAACUACAUUAGCUGUUUUUAAGUUUUACCAGCAAAUGCAAAGGCUAGUUGAAAAAACUAUUUGAAAAUAGGUUUUUCUCCACCUGUCAAUCACUUCUUUGGCAUAGACUCUAUGCAGAAGAGACCUCCCACAGGCAGACCUUCUGCUCUUCACCAAUAGCACCACAGUGCAUGCGCUGUAGUCGCUAUGAUGAAUCCCUAGCUAGUGCAGCUUGCCUGGCUACAGAGUAUAGAACAGAUUGAUGUCUUCAAACUCUGGCAUGCUGGCAACCAAGCCAGCGUGUCUGCGUCGUGCAGGAAGUUUUCCAGCAGGGCAAACCAGUGAAGAGAGCGUGAGAAGCAAGGGCAGACAGAGCUUGGUGUUAAAGAAAUUUAAUAAUAUUGCAGCGGGGUGGCAGGUUCCCUUUAACAGGCUAAACUCCAAAUUAAAAGAAGCUCAGAAUUUUUUUUUUUUUAAUUAUUAAAAUUAAAAAAACGAGACGAGAAUAUCAUUUUGACUCUUUUUAAAUCACUGGUAAGACCCCAUAUUGAAUAUGCUGUGCAAUUUUGGGCACCUGUUCUAAAGAAGGAUAUUAUAGCAUUAGAAAAAGUGUAGAGGCGGGUUACAAAAUUAAUAAAAGGAAUGGAACAUAUCAGCUAUGAAGAAAGGUUAACAAAUUUAAACCUAUUUAGUUUAGAAAAACGUCGCCUGAGAGGGGAUAUGAUAACAUUAUACAAAUAUAUUCGGGGCCAAUACAAACCAUUGUGUGGAAAUCUAUUCACAAACCGGACUUUACAUAGGACACGAGGCCAUGCGUUUAGACUGGAAGAAAGAAGAUUUCGUCUAAGGCAAAGGAAAGGUUUUUUUUUUACUGUAAGAACAAUCAGGAUGUGGAAUUCUCUGCCUGAAGAAGUGGUUUUACCAGAGUCCAAGCAGAUGUUCAAACAGCUACUAGAUGCAUACUUGCAAAAACAGAAUAUUCACGGAUAUAAUCUUUCAAUGUAGGGUAAUAGCUGUUUGAUCCAAGGAUAACUCUGACUGCCAUUCUGGGGUCAAGAAGGAAUUUUUUUCCUAGCUUGUUGCAAAAUUGUGCUUCAAACUGGUUUUUUUUGCCUUCUUUUGGAUCAACAGCAAAAAACAUGUGAGGAAGGCUGAACUUGAUGGACGCAAGUCUCUUUUCAGCUAUGUAACUAUGUAAAAUUACCCUGCUGAUCUGAAAACAUGCUUAGUCUGUCAUGUGUUGACUGCUUGUUCUUUAAUAACACUUACCCCAAAUAAUGUACAAAUUACAAACCAAAAUGAAUGAGUUUCAGUGAACACAAGUGCAAUGCUUUGUCAAAGUUUUGAUACCACUUUGAGUAGGCGUUUAAAAAGAACAUAAGUUCUACAGUAAAAAAGCUUAGUAUUUUAAAAAUACGCACAUUUACAUUACCUAUGUCAGGAGAGGAGGUGGGGCUAGAAAUGAUCUCCGGUGAGAUGCUUCCUGCGUCUAUCAGAAUGCUACAUGAAGAUGAAACCGUAUGGGAGGUGGACCAGAUUGGUCUCCGCUGUAUAGUAUGAGUCCGCCUUGGAUUACAUCUAGCUUGGUCACCCUGGUCUGGCGCCGUGACCGUAUCAACUUAAAUGGUACAGAUCUCAUUAGCUGCAAUACAAACCAGGGCUAAUAUAUACCUCUUAUGUACAUUAAUGAUGUAUUUUUCCACUAUGGUCCAUUCUAAAUUUCAUUAAUAAUAGUUGUCAGUUUUAUUUUAAUGUGCCCUUAAAUCACCCAACUAUUAAACUUUAUUUGAAAAAUAUUUCCCUUGGUUUCAGGUUAGUAAUGUUAUAAAGCCAGUGUUCCUUUUUAAGUGUAGUUUUGUUCUACUCAUUGGUAUUAUUUCUCAAAGUUAAUACAAUGUAUUUGUAUUCUUCUUUCAGUCCAUGCCAGCAGCAAUGAUGAUGCAGCCUCAACCUGUGGUUUUAAUGCCUACAGUGUAUCAACAGGGAGUUGGCUAUGUGCCCAUUGCAGGUAAAAAUGGUAACAGGUUGGGUUUCUGCGUAACUGGAAUGUAUGUAGUGGAGUUACCUCUGAGAGCAUGUGGUGUAAGCUGCAGUUUGAAAAGGAGCCCGAGUAGUCUGAAUGUGUUAAUUCUAGUAGAACUGUAAUACAUUGGCUGAACUAUGCUAUAUGGGGCAGUAAUCUUUUAUAUCCAUAAACAAAAUGUUAUGCACAAAGCAUAAAGUUAGAUAUAAUCUAAUUUAAAACAUGUGUAAUGUCACCUGCCAUCAACAUGUUGGGGGUAUUUAGUUGCGCUCAGCAACAUUUUCGAACCACUAUAAUUUAUCACUGCCAGUGUACUGGUAAUGAGUGUGGUCACCCUUUACCUUCUUGGCAUGGUGUCAGGUCACCUCUGUCUAAUGGGAUAUUGCACCAGUCUUCAAGAGAAAAAGCCCCAGUUCUUGAAAAUAAGAGUUGGACAUGACGUUUCCACACUGCAUUCUAUAAAGUCCCAUAAAGGUUCAAUGAUAUAUCAAUCCAUCACAGAAUAUAAAUCCCUAAAAGAUGUGCUCAUAAGAGUGAAACAAAGGGAAAUCUACCAAACACACCCAAAACCAGACAGAAAAACAUGUAAGUGUAAAACCCCAAAGUACAGGAAAGAUAUCUCUCCUCGGAAUUCUGUAACCUCCUAUAUCUGCAAAUCCUUAUACAAAUUAAAGGACUCUAUAAAUCAAAAAUGAGCUAUUCAUAGUGUAAAACCAUAUGAGUAAUGAGGCUAUGGGGGAAGAGGUGGUAGAAAACGCACAAAAAGUGAACAAAUGCGUAGGGGUGCACCUGAUGGAACCAAAUCUUCCUCCUUGAAAUGUCCUUAAUAUUGGAAGAAGAGAAACACAAUAUAUAGAUAUUUCAAUCCAUCACUUGUGCAGGCUGUGGAAGAUGUGUUUCUGGGGUACAUUAAAGCUCUCAAGAAUUUGCUUUGGUUUGUGAAAGUCAACAUUAUCAUCCUGCAGUAUUUAUUAACAAAAAAGUGUAGUCACUAAUCCCCUUAGUCAAUACAUGAUGGGGUGAUGAUGUUAGUUUUACCUUUGUUUUGUGUAGAGUUCAGAAUACAAUCUCCACAGCGCUGGAUUUAUUACAGAUUGGAUCUCAGGUAGUUUAUGUUCACUAUAUCCAACUGAUGCGAAACUUAAGAUACAAAGAAGCAAAAUAUAAUGGAACACUUUAUAUUUAUUUUCCCAAAAUUCCCAACCCCUAAUUAGAAACUCUUACACAAUAAAAGUGUGUUUUUUGUUUCCAAGAACCACUAAACGCACAUGAUCAGUAGUGUACAGUCAAGCAUUAUGUUCAGAGGAUUUUUUCUACUCUGUCAAGGCAGCUGGUUCCACCGGUAUGUUGAGUGCGAGCUGCAAUAUGUGCAUUCCGAACCGCAGGGACGCUGAAAUUAAACCCCGUUGAAAUAGUCCGUGCUUACUGAUAUGCAUGCAGCCCAAUUUCCAAUCUACACGUUUUGCCCGGACUUGGCGAACUUUUCGAGAUGACGAGAUAGCAGCACUAUGAAGUCCAAAUGGGACUGGUUCAUAAAAGUAUUUGCACUCUUCCAUCCUGCUGUGGCAGAACUUUUCAUGUGUCUUCCAGCAUUUAGCUAUUUUUUUCAAUGAAAACAAUGUAUGAGAGCAUGUCUAUAUAAUUCCCUUAUCUGGUAUAUACGUCAAAGGGGCCUGUUUAAAUAAGGUGCUACACAGUGGUAAGUAAACAUAUGACUCUUAAAAACAACUACCUGAUAACUUAUUACUAAAAUACAUAAAAGUAGUAUUUAAAAUCAUAUAUAAACAUGAGGAUGUCGCUACAUAUAAUGCAGGUUAAAAGAAAACCAACCUAAAUUAUUACUUCUUAAAUGUAUAAUUUCAAGCCAGUUACAUGUAUUCAUGUGUCUGCUUUUGUAAAAAAAAAAUACACAAAGUAAUUUUAAAAGGGUAUAUAUUUUUUUUUUUUAAAACAAAUAUUAAAACCUGUUUAUUUUCUGUAAAAUAGUCGGACCUAAAUAGAAAGUAAUUUUAAAAAUAGACACUAAAAAAAACUGGACACUACUUAUAUUCUAAUAGUUCUCAGAGGGUUACAGGAUGCAAUAUUUACACCAGAGGGAGCACUUGGUUCUGUAACUUUGUAGAAUUUGUAUCUCAUAUUAUGGAUUAGGCAUCACUUUGACAUUUGAUUUAAAGACCUUUGCCCACUGUAACGGAUCACCUGGCACCCCGACUGGGUACCUCCGUUGAAGGAUGCUCCUAGCACUUCCUGAAGACUCCAAGCACUACAGCAGACACCACAACCACCGAACCGGAGAAGCAUACGAAUGCUGUAAGCAGCUGAACAGGAAAAGCAUACAAUCAGCUUACACUCCUGGCAAUCCGCAUACAAUUCAAUUCCCCCAAUAACGAGACGACACUUCGUUUUGAGGUCAAGCAGAACUGACUUUUAAUUCACACAACCACCUUAUAAAGCAUUCUCCCAUGCAAGGGAGGGAUUCACCAUAAUUAGGACAGUAACCAAUAAUGUCACAGUUACCUCCCACACAUCUCCUCCCCUCAGUGUGACACAUAAUCCCAUUAAACAUGCUGUAGUUUUCCAGAGUUCUGGAUGUACCCCAAAACAGUUAGGUACAAUGGGCUAAGUGGCACCCCCUGGUAGCCCUGAUCUGGGUGACCAACAUAUCCAAAAUUCACCCAGAUCAGACCAGGGGUUCGGGAGUUAGGUGGAAGGGACAAUUUGACCGACCGCACACGAGGUGGUAGCCGAAAAGGGUUCCUUGUGUUUUGGCCCUGCGUUUCGUCUCCGUUCGGGAGGUAAAAUACACAUAAAUACAUGACGUCCACUAUUUACCUUGUAUUCGCAUGAAUCCCCUUGUUCGGUACUUUUAACUCACCGAACGUGGGGCUGAUUAGCCUCUCCGGGAGUUACGGAGCUCUGGAGGUCUCAGCGGUGUUUGGGUAAUUGAGUGUCCGAUUUGAGUUCCAGACACUCGACGCCCAAACACUGCUGAGGUUUUCGUGCGUAAGAUGGCCGCCGCCACGUGUAUGCCAAACUGCGGCCACCCAAAUUCAUGCACAAAGUACCAAUUAACCUGCGGUUAGAGAAGUGUGAAGCCUAGUAAGGUGCACACUUCUCUCUGGGGUGGUCUACUGGUUCGGUAGUUUUCAUUCGUAUGGGAUACGGAUGAAACUACCGAACAAUCAUACGAAUACUACAUACACUUUUAACUAUACAGGAGAAUAAACACACAAAUUGCAGUUUUAACACAGUCUUUUAGGACAGCCGUAAUAUCAUCCGCUACACCCGCGACACCUGUUUAGGUGGAAAACAUACUUGAGCACUUUAGCAAAACAGUGUUUUUGGUUAUAUUAGCAGUCUUCAUGACAAAAUAUAUAGAUCAUGUAAUCGGUAAUGUACAAAAACAAUUUUUUAAAUGUGUUUUUUUUUUUUUUUUUUAACUCAACUAGCCUUCUGUUGUUUAGGAGCCAGCUCCACUGCCCAAAUACAAAAUAAAUUUCACCGUUUAGUAUAUAUACCCCAAAUGAAAACUUGUAUGUAUUUAAUUAUAUAUUUUUCAUUGGGGAUAAAUCUCUCUUGUCUGCAGACUUUUCAAGCCCAGACUUUCUGUGGCUGUCCAAUCACAGAAUUCCCAAAGCAGCUCAAUGAGAAGUCAUUGUAAGUCAGGUGCCCUGGGAAAUUGCUGCCUCUUGAGGUCAGCUGCAUAGAGCUAACAAAACCAGGAAUUGACAUUGCCUGUUUUCUGCUUGAAAGUGUAAAUUUUUUAUUGAAAUCUGCACUUUUUGUAAAAUGAAAAAGAGGAAACUCUUCACACAUAAAGCUUUUCAGCAAGCUAAAGUUCUUUAGGGGUCUGGAGUGACACUUUAAAUUAGAACAAUAACAAGGAUCAGUUAGAUUCUCCAGAAUUAUAUUUCACGGGGGAAGCUAGAAGCAGAGAGACUACACCACAAGAUGUCAUUUGUAUUGCUCCAGCUCUAAAAGAAUGGAGACUUUUCUUAUUGAAGUAUGGCACAGUAUUCCAGCACACACAGGUUUAAUAUAUUUAUAUAAUAAUACACGGUCUAUCUAUGCACCCCAUAUCUCACCUGCAGCUUGUGUAUUUAUGUAAAGACAAAUAAUUUGCUAGUGAAUAUCUGAAUUACUCUUUCAGCAAUGGUCACAGUGUGUCAUUAAUGGGGGGAGGGGUGGAGCACAUAUUUUUAAGUGAAUUAAAUCACAACAUCUGUAGACAUGUAUGUUGAUUGAGCAGAAUCAUCAAUAAUACAAUAGAAAAAUGGAACAGACUUUCUACAGGGCUGAGGAUUGUGAUUGGUAUGCGUUGGUCUGAUGCAUGUGUUUUGAAAAAGUUUAUACUGUACGUAGCGGAUGUCUGUUAAUGCAUUUAUUCUUUUUAGCAAUUUAAAUGUAAUAUACAUAUGUUAGGAAAUCAGCACUUUAAUAAUGCCUCUGUCAUCUCUACUUAUGUUAAACUGAUUUACAACCAAAAUUCAAGUUUUUUUUUUUUUCCUUUUUUAUAUGAAGACUGUUGUGUAACAGUCUUCUGAACUUCUGUUAUUUGGAUGCCCAUUCCGUGUCAAGUUGGCAGCAUAUUAUUUCUGUAUAGCUGACUUCUCACUGUAUCAACAAUUCCUGCUUGCCACGGUGAUUUGGCUGAGGUUUGAUUGCUGCUAACCUUCCUAAAAUAUCCUAAGAAGUUAAUUUAUGUCUUGUGGUUUCAGAAGACGUGUACACCUUUGUAACAGUUACAAUAAGACAAAAAACUUGAAUUUUAGCAGUGAUUGGUCAUUUCUCACACUUUUUUGCAUUUCAUACAAAGCUAUAUUUCCUGUAUAUCAAAUUAUCCUCAUAUAUAGUCCAUUAACAUUCUUUCUUACUUAUCAAUUUCACUCUUUUUCUUAUGUUUGUAUCCUGUUCUAUCUUUCUUACAUCUUCACCUAGGUCUUGAUUACUUAACUCUGGGUAAGUGUAUGCAGCCUUCAGCAUGAUAUGUUUUGCCAAGCACUUCACAAAACUGAUCUGUGUGUUUAUGUUUAUACAAUCACAGCUAUUAUUUAUUGUAAUUUAAAGGACAGCCUAAGUGAAUCCUCAUAGCUGCAGAUGUUUCCAAACUGGUUAUGAACUUUCUUGAUAUGUGGAUGUGGUUGAAUUGUUUGAUUUUCGUAGAUGUUAUUUGGAAAAUAGGGGAAACUUUCUUGAAGUGUUAGUCUCCUGUGGUGUGAAAUCCAAGUUUCUGUUUGGAAAAGUUGUCUUCCGGUUUGUAUGUUUGAAUAAUAUGGAUUUUGGUUGUAGAAUAGUAACGUCGUUGUUCCCAUAGUAGGAUACGUAAGACGCCAAUUAGUUGCAAAGUUCUGCAGUGCUGCAGCAUUCAAGUGGCUAACAGAGCAUUUAGGUAACUGAUGUUUCCUUCAGUUACAGGAUUUAAAGGGAACCUUUGGGCGCCAUAAAAACUUAAUCGUAAUUAUGGUGACGGCUUUCCUUUUCAGGAUUAAACCUUUCUCUCCAGAGCCGUUUAGCUCAGCCCCUGUCCUGCUGCUCUGAAAUUUUCCAUAGUGAAAGAUGCGGACUUCGGUGCCUCAGAUUGGCUGAGCAUCAGCUGACCAUACAAGCCAGACAGUCGCUCCCCAUCCAUUAGAACAGCUUAGGAAACAUAUGUACAUUCCUCAAGUUGUUUUGUAGGAAGGUAGUUUAGCGUUCAGAGGCAAUCAGAGGUGCCUCUGGCUGCGUCAGUCCGAUGUUUCUUGUUUGAAGAAUCUUAGAGCAGCAGUAGAACAGGGGCAGAGCUAAACAGCGUUAGAAGACAUUCCCAAACUGUUUAACCCCUAAAUGGAAUCUACUGGUACAUAAAUUUACUCUGAUGAAGUGGUUAUGGUUCUCGGAGUGUUCCUUUUAAUUGGUAAUAAGGUAACAAAAACUAACACCUGUGAACCUACCUUGUAGUGAUCUGCUGUCCUGCUAAUGGCCAUCAUUAACUAAUUUGUUAAGAUAAUUUUUUUAAUAAACUACUCUUUCCGUUUUAACCUCUUGCAUUUAAAGCCGUAGGCUAGAAAUAUGCGGUAUAAAUGGAACAGUAAAGAGUUACUUGUAGCGGACCCUGGGUAACCCGGCUGGUUACCUCCACUAUUAAUAAAGGACCAGACCCAUUUUCCCCCUCCCCCCCCCCCAGUAACUGGACAACACAAAACAGCUUUAUUGGCUACACUCUGCUUUAUACUCCUCCCAAGGGGGUGUAACACAGGUAACAUACAAUGUGCUUGGCCUUAUUCAAAGAGACUCCCCUGGCGGAACUACUAACCAAGCUAAUAUGAGACUCAGGCCUUCAUCCUAGCACAGAGGCAGGGGGUGACCCCCAUUGUUCCCUCAAUUUGGAGUGCUGUCUCUUAUUGGCGGUAUCUGCUACAAGGGAUUGCUAUACUUGUCAUACUCCCUUGCUAAAUCACUACUAAGCUCUUGUAAGAGCUUGUUCCUGCCUUGCUCUCUGGAGGCGUCUACGGUGGUUAUGGUGUCUGCUGCAGGGCUUGGAGUCCUCAGGAAGCGCUAGGAGCAUCCUUCAACGGAGGUACCCAGUCGGGGUGCCAGGUGAUCCGUUACAAGCGGGAUCACCGCUAAACCGUAGAAAGUAUUAAGUGUAUUUGCCUAUGUUCCCCAUGGAUUUGUGAUUUCUUUGUUCGGGAUAUCGCGUACGAACAAAUCCCGUUAGUCUCCCGAUCGGGGACCACCCCAAUACCCCUUUUAGAAUGUUUAGUUAGAACGUUCACACCUCGCAAACGAGGUGUGAAAACCGCAAGGAAAGCCUCUGCGCGUGCCGACUUUGGGUGGCGGCCCAUUCAUUAGACGAAAGCCAUCCAGGGGAAGCAUUCGCAGAUAGAUUCCCAUCUUGUUCGGCUCCCGAACGAGGACAUCCCCAGUGCCCCUUGGAAUGUUCACACCAAUCAUUUAGAACGUUGACAACUUGCAACAUAAGUGUGAAACCGCAAGGGAAAUGAUUGAGUGCUUCCCUGGGUGGCCGCCGUUCGUAUAGACGAACGCCGGCCAGGGGGAGCAUUCGUGUCCCAAAAGGAAAUGCUUCCCUUGCCUGCUUUCACCCAGGGACCCUGCGAACGGAGGCGGUUUGUUACGGUUCUGGGGGUCCCUGAGAUUGAUGGGGACAAUAGCAGUUUGGCAGGCUUUCUGUGCCUGGGAGCCCAGGAGGCGGGAUCUUUCCCACGCUGGGACUCCCAGGUAAAGAGACUCUGGAAGUGGGAAAUCCUGUAUUUUGGUGGCAGGAACAGGGGACAAAGGGAGUUCCUGUCAUCUGCAGACCCCUGGGAGGGGACACUGAUGGUACUAGAACAAGGUACUAGAGUUCCGGUUCCGAUAGAGAACAGAGAGUAUAGAGAAAAUGUAACGAAAAGGAGAAAUUAAAGUGUUUCUAUUUCUCAUAUUCAUUUGCAAUGUUUGAUCUGGCUUUUCCCUGUCUAAACUUGGUCAUGGUUUAAUUUGUUAAAUCUUUAUUAUAAAUUUUAUUUUAUUCAGUGUUGUGACAGUUACCCUUUAGCUUGUUUGGUUUUUUUUUUGUUUUUUGUUUUUUCUUGUUGCUUGUGUGAGAGAUGUUUUGGUGUUCCUGAAUACAUCAACACAGAUAAGUAUGUACUUAUAAUUUUCUUGUGCUGAUUAAGUUAUAUUUGAGACUUUCUUUCUACAGGUAUGCCAACAGUUUACAACACUGGGUUACCGGUGACCGCACCGCCUCCUGUGAACCCCCAGCACCAAACCAGCGAUGCUGACCUAAAAGCCCUGCAGGAUAUGUUCCCCAUUAUAGACCCUGAAGUCAUCCGUACUGUUCUGGAAGCCCAACAUGGAAAUCGAGAAGCUGCUAUCAACUCCCUGCUCCAGAUGGCAGAAGAUUCAUAGUGUCUGAUUGUUUCCUUUCUGUAUGCCAUCCCUCGCUGAUCUUUUGUUUGACUUGUCAAGGUGGAAUUGUCCUUCUGUCCUGUUCCAACCUUUGAGAUAUGCAGUUAUUACUGUUCAUGUGUGCUGACUGUUGAUUGUGACCGUCCCAGCUUCUAAAGCAGUUCCUGAAGUUGGAUGUUGCUUCACAUUCCUUCUACGCAAACAGUAUACGCAUUGACGAAAAUACAAUUUUCUGGAAUUUCCAUGAACCCACAGUAGACUUAUCUAUGUUCUGUAUUAUGAGUGAGCUGUAGAUUUUAAGAUGCUUGACAGAUUCUUUCCUUGUAAUUAAUUAAUUGUAUGCCUACUUAAAUUAGCAAUCCUGCUAAAUAAUACUGCAAAACCAUUUUGCUGAAUAUUAACAAAAUGCAUAAUCCUAAAUCAUUUCUUGCUACAGCAGCUGUAAUCAUACACAUGAAACAGAUCAUUUUAUUGGCCCCUGGGCAUCUCCAGUGAGUGGCUGCAUGUGAAUUAAUGACUGGUUAAUUUCUUCUCCACAAAAUUUGAAAAGUACAAAUUCUUUUAAAGUUUAUUGACCCUAUUAUCUUUGUAGAACACUGCAUAGGUCAAAGCAGAUUGCUAAACCACCAGUUGAAAGAUAUGUGCCUAUGCUCUACCAUACUUUAAGUUUUAAAUUGGUAGCCAAGGAUGGGUGUGGGUUGUAAGAUACAAAUGUCCUUGUUUGACUAGCUGUGUGACUAAUGUAGUCUGUUUAAAAAUUGCAAAGUGGAACAAGAGGUGCAACAAGUUCAAAAGGGGAGUUUGGGAACAUUUAAAACGGAGUAUACAACAUGGUUGGAAGGGGCAACAUUGAAAUAGCAGCAAUCAACAAUACAUUGACUUUGUAAUGUGCCACCUAAUUAAGUCAAUUUACUUUUUAAUUGAAUCCAUAAAAAAGUCAACACAAAAAAAAAACGUGCUUAGAGUGGCUGAUUCAUUGAUAAAUGAUAUUCACAAUAUUAGCAAUUUUAAAUAAAUAUACCUUUUGAAUAUAUUAUGGUUACAAUUGCUAAUAUUGUUAUACCUUAAUAUUCCCCCAUUAGUGUGUGUGUGGUUCUAUUCUAUUAACCGCUUUUGUGCUGGGACACAUUUCUAAUCUCACUGAUUUACACAAUUUCCGGUCUACAAUGACGCACUUUACCAAGAGAUCCAUAAUUUAAAUAACUAAUUGGGCUUACGCAUUAGCCCUGAACAUUUAAAGAAAAAAUGUUGUAUUUUAUGCUACCAAAAAAAUUCUAACUUUUCUUUUUCACUGAAACUUGUUUUUAAGUUAAUGUAUGGAGUACUCUCAAGGAAAAUAAACAGCUUGAGAAAGUUUGUUAUAUAUCUUUAAAUUUUAUUUUUGUAUUCAACCCAGGUCCUUGUUUUACUUGUUUGGGUUGCACAGACUACGGUAGUAUAGUAUGUUUCCAGAAAAUAUAUAUUGUGUGCAUGUAUCCUGUGGUAGUCCAAUAGGGAAGUUGUUAUUUUGCGCUGCUGUCGAUGAACUAUACAUCGGUUUGGGAGAUGGCAUAACAAACCCUUUUCAGAUGCAAAUUGUGUCUACCCAUGGUAUAGAAACAUAUGAAAUGACCUGUGAUCUGUCUAUAUAGGUCUACAGACCAUGAGGUGGAAGCCUAGUAUUGUGUAGGAAACUUGAUACUUUGCUAUAAACAUAACAAUCCAAAACCUGUAUGUACAAUGUAAAAGAAGCUAUUCAGUUGAGGGAAACUGUUAAUUACCAUUAAGUACCACUUGCGUACUAGAUGGAUAAUUGAUCUUUAUGACCUUAACAAUCAAUGAAAAUCAAAAUCCUCCCCAGAACACUGUCGGUAUAAAAACCGAAAGUUGUGCAAAAGUAGAAAGGGUGCUUUCAGUACCCAAAAGAAACCACAAAACUACAUGCCCAUAUGCUACAUGCAGCAUCUGUCAAGGCUUGAAACAGAUACAAAAACAGGCUCGGGCAGAAGGGGUUAAUGUGUAGGUGAUAGUGUCACCAAAAGAUUAAAUAAGAAGUGAAACGGCAAAUACAAUACAAACCUUUUGGGCAGAAAGACAUUUGUCAAUGUACAUUUGCUCUUAGAAUGUCUUCAAUUGCAGAAUCCCGCUAAUUGCUUUACAAAUGUGGACUAUCAGCGGAGCUUAAUAGGUUAAAAAAAAAUGCGUUGUUUUUAAGACCAGCGUGUUACUUAAUGACAUUCAUUUGUUUUUCCUCUACAGUUUGUUGUUUUUUUAUUUCUUUUAAUGCUUGACUGAAUUUCUUUUGCUCCUAUAAUUUUGUUGUUUGCCAGUAUGUUUUUUCCCCUCACCCUUAUAUCAUGAACUUUCUGUUGUAAUUCACAAUGUGUCCAUUUUCUAUUAUUCAUGUUGCCUGUGAUACUCUCAUAAAUCUAUAUAUAUUUUGACGUUUCCAUUCUUUUAAUUCUAAAUAUCACAAAAAAAAAUUGUGGUCUGACUUUAAUAAGCUGUCCUGUUUAUGCUACUGUUAAGGAGCACGCUAAGCACCAUAUCCAUUGCAGUCUAAUGUUGUGGUUAUGGUUCCCUGGUACCCCUUGUGGUGUCCCCCAGUUCUGUCUGAGGUUUGUGUUUGACAAAACAAAGUCUCCUGGGUGCUUCCGCAUUAUCCAGUUGACAGAGGUGAGCUGGGGUCUGCCGGGGGCCAGUGCCUGCACUGCAGGUCUUUGCACAGGUCAAGAGUGGCUUGGGUUGUUCCUGUAACAAUAAUCUCAUUGAAAUUGUGUGACAUUUUGAAGUGCUGCAUCUGGAAAUUCCUUUAGGUAGAUAGUAGGGUUGGUAAUCAUUUUGUACAGCUUUCUGUGUGGGCACCCACUUGAGACCCAAAUUGUCAUAUUAAAAUAAAUUGGGUGCCCAGUUGAGACCCAUACCAUCAAACUUGAAUAAUCUCUAAAUAUGCAGCCCUGAGCUACACGUCUGUUACUAUCUGCACUUAGAAGCCUAACUGGCAAUAUUUUGUCCUUAAGGCCUCUAUCUCUAGGCAGAAACACGAGGGGAAUUAAUGCAUCUGUCAUUUUAAAAUAAAAAGCAAUGAUGACUAACACUGGACAGCAGAUAUUUGAAUUGACUACUGUUCUCAGCCCCGCUUUUUGGAAAUGUACGGAAUAAACAUAAUAAAAAUAGGACAGUCAAUAUUUGCCAUCACUUCCAUAAAGCACUGAUAAGCAAGUAGAUUCAAGGAUUCUCUCUAGUCAUGAACGCCAGCCCUGGUUUCAGAGCACCAGAAAAAUGUUAUCAGUGGGAAUGACACCUGCCUUAUCUUGUCCACAUUAGCGUGUGUUCAGUUUGAGACGUGCCAAGCCAUGGUGUAUAUAGUUGUUGAAGGUACUGAGAAUAGGUUUUUAUUUUGUUUGAGGAAUUUUGACAUGUUUUUGUAACACAAUAAUUGAACAAUGUUUGUCUUAUGUUUGAUUCAUCUUGUCCACAGUUGCUCCAGCAAGUUAAGAAGAUAAUAUAUUGUUUACAAUUGUAAUAAUAGUUGUCAUAAUUGUUUGUGUGCAACGCACCUUUCCAGAUAUCUUAAAUCUUAAUUACUGAAGCUCUGUUACGGAGCCCCAUUGCUAGGUAGCUACAGAGGACAUUUUAUAGAAAAUACAUCCUGCAGGGUUGUGUUAAUUUGUCAGCAUAGAAGCAAACAAGUUAAUCUGGCGUUCUGCAGGUCAAAAUAAAAUGUUAGAAUGUAGCAAAGCUUUUAAGGUAUGUUUGCUUUCAUUGAGACAAUAGGCAGCAUAGUAAUGUUUGUAAUGUCACCUGAAAACACAAGAGGGCAGUACUGUGGAAAUGAUGUAGGGUCCUUUGUAUAUGUUGUUAAUAUACAUUGUGGAUGUUGGCAGGUUUGCUAAAAGGAAUAGUGAUGGCACUGUUGGUUAUAGGUUUUUUGUUUAACUAGACCCAUAUCAACGAAUGUUAAGAUGAUUAAUUUCUGGGGUUUGAAGCCCUGUUCUGCAGAUUGAUUCAAUUACCAACGAAAACCCUUAUUAGCUUUUGUCUGACACUGCAUUGGGUGACCCUUGUAACCUCUAUGGACUUUGACAGAACGUCAUGCUAUACAAGAACAGGUCCUGAAGAAAACAUUCUGUUUUUAAAUCUUGUGAAAGAAAAAAGUAAUGUAAUGUUUUCUGUUUCACAGACUGGACCUCUGUAGCACAUUAUCACUAUCAUGAACCAGCAUCUGUUUGUUUAGUGUGAUCUUCGGUUCUCUGUAUAAUAUAAAAUGUUUUGCUUGUGCAUUAGGUGUAAGAUAAUGUAUUUCACUUAUACUUGAAUACUUCUCUUUUGUACCUUCAUCCAUUAAGCAUCACUUUAAUGUAAAUUAUUACUCUUUAUGUUAUUUGCAUUUCAAUUUGCUGCCUAAGUUAAUAAAUGGAUAAUUAGACAUUAUGCAGUAUAGUAAAACUCCCGAUGUGUUGCUCUGUUUGCAAUCAGGCUAUUGCAGAACACUUCCAAGAUCCAAUAAAAACACAUUCUAACUAACCCCCUUGUCUGUUCACCCUCUCACAAGAUGAAAUGUAAAAGCAUCCAUCAUAGAAACAAAUUUUAUAGUCACUGCAUUUUUUUUUAAUGUAUAACAGUGCUAUAUAAUCAAGUAUUUCAGGACAUUUAAAUAUUAUUUAUUCCUUGAUUAUAUAAGUAAAAGGCCAAAGGCUUGAAUUUGUGGUAUUCCCUAUAAAAGCUCGACCCACCCCCCCACCCCGCUUACCUAUGCUGGUUCCUGUUAGAGCGACGUUGCCACGACAACCAGCACUUCCGGUUCCGGUCUUCCAUGUUGUUCCAGCAGCCACGGACUCGACUCCAGCCUCUUCAACCCGGUCUGCAGCUUUACGGGGGUCCCAACCGCCCGCAUGGCCUUUGUCUCAGUUCCCGAUCCUGAGACCGGCUCCCGGGUCUCUAGACGCAGCGCGCACACAUAUGUUCACUUGGCAAUCCGUUCGCGGCAUUCCCACGUUCGGGCCUAAUAAACGCGGGGUUUGGCUCCCUCUGUUUUGCAUAAUUCAUGCCAUUCGUCAAAUUUCUGUUCAUUUAUAUUCCGUUAGUUUAACUAAUUUUGUUAAAUUGGUCAUUCAUUGAAUCCUUUUCAUUUAAAUCAUUUAGUUUUAAAUCGAUUUGUUUAAAGCCAUUUAGUUUAAAAGCCCAUUUCGUUAAUAUAUAUUUAAUUUGAAUGACUGUUAAAGCUGUUCCUCUGUCUCUUACGCUCAGUGCAUUCGGUAAAUUCAAGCCGUACGUUUGCACACUCUAUCAUUCAUACGUUGGCUUUAUCAUAUGCCCUUUAAAUCCUAGAAUACAUGAAGGUACCACUGUAAUUUGUUUCUGCUAUUCGAUUGGUAAAUUUGCAUAAAGUCACGAUUAAUGUUGGGUAAUUCACAAUUUUGUACACUUUAACUGUUCGUUUUUUGCAGUUCCUAGAUACUUCUUAAAUCUCACAGGCACGUCUGUUUUGUUCCUGCACAUAUUUGUAGGUUAGUUCCCUAGUUCUAACGAGCCCUUCAUUACUUUCCUCACUAUCCUCUGCUACAUGGUUUAUUUAAUUGUGCACAAGCUUGCCUGGGUUAUUAACAUAAUAAACUCAAUCUGCACGGUUAAAAUGUUGCUCACUAAUUGUCUUGUCUCUGUCUCACGGGAUACUAUUUCAAAUAAAUCUG